AUGUCCGACGCCACGACGACGGGUGUCGCAACCGCGUCGACCAGGAAGCGCAGAUCAACAAGCACCACCGACAAGCAGACGCAGCAACAACUCCACGAGCAGCAGCAGAAGCAGGAACAGGAACUGCCCUCGGCGCCGCCCAAGACGCGCUCCUCGCGUAGCAGCAAGCCCAAGUCCAAGUAUCGCCAUGUUGAGGCCACGCACUCCCUCGUCCGCCCGUCCUGCCUGAGCCACGAUUCCAACGUCUCGCCAAGCUUCUUGGGCUUCCGUAACCUUAUGGUCAUUGUUCUCGUGGUUGGCAAUGUCCGAUUAAUGAUUGAAAAUAUUCAAAAGUACGGCGUCCUCAUCUGCCUCAAAUGCCACGACUUUCGCCGCCAUGACGUCGUCAUGGGACUCGGCCUCUUCUGCCUCAUCCCCUGCCACCUCUUCAUCGCCUACCUCAUCGAGCUGGCCGCCGCGCGCCAGGCGAUUCGCUCGCGCAAGCGCAUGGUCGACGGCGCGACCGGCCCCUCGGAGCGCGACCGCCGCAAGUUUCACAACAUCUGGAUCGUCGUCGCCUGGACGCACAUGGUCAACAUUACGCUCGCCCUCGUCCUCACCACCUUUGUCGUCUACUUUCGCGUCCACCACCCUUUUAUCGGGACUAUGGCUGAGACGCAUGCCCUAAUCGUCUGGCUCAAGACGACUUCGUAUGCCUUUACCAACCGCGACCUGCGCCACGCCUACCUCCACCCCGUCAAGGGCGAGUCGGUGCCCGAGCUCUACAAGGCCUGCCCGUACCCGGAGAACAUCACCAUGAACAACAUGACGUAUUUCUGGUGGGCUCCCACCCUCGUCUACCAGCCCGUGUACCCCCGCACCGACAAGAUUCGCUGGAUCUAUGUGGCGAAGCGCCUGGGCGAGGUCUUUUGCUUAUCCGUCUUCAUCUGGUUCGCCAGCGCCCAGUACGCCGCCCCUGUGCUACAGAACUCGCUCGAAAAGAUUGCCUCGCUCGACUUUUUCUCCAUCCUCGAGCGCCUGCUCAAGCUGUCCACCAUUUCUCUCGUCAUCUGGCUGGCUGGCUUCUUUGCCAUUUUCCAGUCCUUCCUGAAUGCGCUGGCCGAGGUAACGCGCUUCGGCGACCGCUUCUUCUACGACGACUGGUGGAACAGCGAGAGUCUAGGGUCCUACUGGCGCACCUGGAACCGCCCCGUCUACACCUACUUUAAGCGCCACGUUUAUAUGCCACUCAUCGGCCGCGGCUGGAAGCCCUCGACAGCGAGCUUUGCCGUCUUUUUUGUGUCGGCGGUGCUGCACGAGGUGCUCGUCGGCGUCCCUACCCAUAACAUUAUCGGUGUCGCGUUCCUCGGCAUGUUUCUGCAGCUGCCGCUCAUUGCCCUGACGGCGCCGCUAGAGAAGAUGAAGAUGGGCAACGGCGGCAAGGUGCUCGGCAAUGCCAUCUUUUGGGUGUCAUUUACCAUUUUCGGCCAGCCGUUUGCCGCGCUCAUGUACUUUUAUGCCUGGCAGGCCAAGUAUGGCAGUGUGAGCCGCCAGCCCAUGGCCUCUGGGACAAGAUAG